AGCCAUACCGAUAAUAUUAUCAAGACUCACUCAUCACUAGUUGAUGUCUUGUGUUGUAGAGAGAAAUGUUUUUCUGUUGAGAUUCCCUGUUAUUUCUGCAAGAAUUUAUACACAAUAAGAUAUAGUAAAAUGAAUACUUUAGGACCGAAAGAGGAUGGCGGUCCAAAUGUAGAGUUCUUUAAUUCUUCCGAGUCAUUACAAGGUUUUGAAACAAUACGUUUAUGGUUGCAGAAAAAUUGUAGAAAAUAUCUGGCAAAUAGCAGCGAACCCAUAACUAAGGAAAGUUUAGCACAAUUGUUAAUUCAAUUUCUCCAGUAUGUGGAAGCUAAAUUGGGUAAGAAUUCCACAAAGCCGCCAGCGACGCGAAUACCGAUGCGUUGCUUUUUGGAUUUCAAACCCAACGGAGGCCUAUGUACUAUAUUUGCUAAUAUGUUUCGUUUCCGCAAUGAUCAAAGGGGGAAAAAGUUCGAUUUUACUAUCGGCAAAAAUCCCAGUAAAGAUCCAAACAUCCAAUUACUUAAUGAUAUUGAACAGGCUCUGGUUGAAGCAGAUCUUUACCGAAUUCCGUAUAUCUAUAUAAGACCUGAAGUAGAUAUGGACAAGCAAUUGGCCACACGUUUGCGAGAAAUCUUAGGUACCCGUCGUGUGGAGAUAGUUUCAAAUGAAGAAGAUGCCACGCAUAUUAUUUAUCCAAUAGUGGAUCCCCACCACGACGAGUACGCGCGCCCCAUUUUCAAACGUGGAAGUCAUGUUAUGUUACAUUGGUACUGUUUGCCGGAAUCAUACGAUACUUGGACGCCAAAUAUUUUCGAUUUACCCGAUAAUGUUCCCGAAAACCCCGAAUCACCCAUUGAGCGCUGGCGAGUAUCGGCAUCCUGGAUUUUAGACUUGGAACAAUAUAACGAAUGGAUGGCGGAAGAGGAUUAUGAAGUGGACGAAACGGGUAAAAAGAAAAUGCAUAAGCAACGUUUAUCCGUAGAUUAUAUAAUGUCAUUUGGUGCUGACGAUAAGAAAAAGCCCACCAACGCAGGAGGGACAAAACAAAAGCGUAGGCGAUCGCCUUCUCCCGGCUCAUCAAAACUUGGUAAACGUAAGCGUUCCCCAGCUGUAAUACACAAAAAGGCUCGUAAUGACGAUGAUGAUGAAGAUCUAACACGUGAUAUGGACGAUCCACCCUCAGAAACGAAUUUGCAGGAAGUUAUUAAAACGUCAUCCUUACAAUCUACCGCUAGUCCUGCACUUGGUAAUAAAUCUAGAGCUGAUAACGACAUGAUGCCAAUAAAAGGAGGUACAAUCACCGAUUUGGAUGAUGAAAUGACAGGAGGGAGCGCUGCCCAAGCAUUGUCUACCUGCGAUGGCGAAAAUUCGCAAACUGGAAAAACUAGCGAUAACAGUAAUACACAAGAGUUCUCUUCGUCUGCUAAAGAAGAUGUGGAAGACAAUGUUACUGAGCAGACGCAUCAUAUAAUUGUCCCAUCAUACUCCGCCUGGUUUGAUUACAAUUCGAUACACACGAUUGAGAAACGGGCUAUGCCCGAAUUUUUUAAUUCGAAAAAUAAAUCUAAAACACCGGAGAUUUAUAUGGCCUAUCGCAAUUUCAUGAUUGACACAUAUCGACUCAAUCCUACUGAAUAUUUAACUAGUACCGCCUGUCGUCGAAACCUCGCCGGUGAUGUAUGUGCUAUAAUGCGAGUUCAUGCUUUCCUCGAGCAAUGGGGAUUAAUUAACUAUCAAAUUGACGCUGAGUUACGGCCUACUCCAAUGGGCCCGCCGCCCACCGCACAUUUUCAUAUUCUGUCGGAUACUCCAUCCGGUUUGCAAUCUCUGAAUCCCCAAAAAACUCAACAACCCUCAGCUGCCAAAACUUUGCUCGAUCUCGAUAAAAAGCCUAUAAUUACAGCUAUAAAAGAAUGCAAAGAAGAGUCGCUAGAUAAAGCUCCGGUCACUCUAAAAGUAGAAUCUGGGGAAAAUGGAACAAAUACUUCAAACCAGUUUGGCUUAAAGUUGGAUCAAUAUGUAAAAAAACCUGCUGCGAUGAAAAAUCGUACCGCAGCAAGCAUGUCACGUGAAUGGACCGAUCAGGAAACUUUGUUGCUGUUAGAAGGGUUAGAAUUGCACAAGGAUGACUGGAAUAAAGUCUGUGAGCAUGUUGGUACUCGCACUCAGGAUGAAUGUAUAUUGCACUUUUUGCGUUUACCCAUCGAAGAUACUUAUUUGGAAGAUGAUGGCGGCUUUCUAGGUCCUUUAGGUUGUCAACCGAUACCGUUUAGUAAGUCUGGAAAUCCGUUAAUGUCGACGGUUGCAUUUUUGGCAUCAGUUGUUGACCCAAGAGUAGCGGCCGCUGCCGCUAAAGCUGCGAUGGAAGAGUUCGCGGCGAUCAAAGAUGAAGUGCCAGCCACCAUAAUGGAUAACCAUAUGAAAAAUGUUGAAAAAGCCUCGGCGGCUGGAAAAUUUAAUCCUACUUACGGCUUGGCUAACAGCGGCAUCGCUGGCACUGGAGCCGACAAAGAAGAUGACGAUGUUAAUGCCAUUACACUUCCUGCUUCUGCCGAUGAAGAACUGAAGGAUAUAACAAAGAAAGAAGACGUGUCUGGUGGAACACCAUCUGUUGACAUGCGGGAGGACGGUGGAAUUGACGAUGAGAGUUUGAAAGAAAAUGAAUCGAAACAAAUAUUUAAUGAGGCAAACGUACAAACGGCUGCAGCCGCUGCGUUGGCUUCAGCAGCGGUGAAGGCAAAACAUUUGGCGGCUUUAGAAGAACGUAAGAUUAAAUCCUUGGUUGCGUUACUGGUAGAGACCCAAAUGAAAAAAUUAGAAAUAAAACUACGACACUUUGAAGAACUUGAAACUACGAUGGAACGUGAACGGGAGGGUUUAGAAUAUCAACGACAGCAAUUGAUUACUGAACGUCAACAAUUCCACUUGGAGCAAUUAAAGGCAGCCGAAUUUAGAGCGAGGCAGCAAGCUCAUCAUCGCUUACAAGAACAACAGUGGCAAGGAACAGCUCCAGCAGGAGCUGGAUCGACGUCUGCUAGUACUUUAUCGGCUGGCAAUCAUUCCAUUAUUGGCCAUCCAAGCACUGGGUCCCAGAUUGGUUCCAGCAGCAAUGUGUCGGGCGGUCUCAAUGCUUCUCCAUCGUCUCCCCACGUAGGUGGACCCAGUGCUGCGACCGCUUCACAAGCCGCUGCAACGACAGUCGUAGGUACUCCUCUAUCUGGGCAAGCAACAGCAUCUAUGGAUGCCAAUCCUCCAGCGUCACUAGCAGUUUCAGAUGUUUCGCAAGGGACUUGCGUCACAAAUCAACAACCGCCGCAGACAAAUCCAACGACUCCUAUUCCGUCAACCCAUAUCAGCACGGGGCCUCUGCAGCAGACGCCUAAUCUUACUACACCCUCAUCUGUAAUUCCGGCUUCUUAAAAUUUUGAAAUAUAUUAGUAUUU